GUCCUUGGGCCCCUGCACCCCUGUAGGGAACCUGAUGGAGCUUGUGUAUCAGCCGCGUCCAGCAGCGGUCAGUGUCCUGCGUGGGCCCAACCUCCCGGGGCAAUGUCCACUGCCCCCCUGGCUGCAGUGCUGAGCAGCCUGGACGAGGCCCCGCCAUGGACCAGGACUACGAGCGACGCCUGCUGCGGCACAUUGUCACGCAGAAAGAGAACACCAUGCCCUGCGUGAGUGCCCGCGUCCACCCUGGGCAGCGCCCCCCGCCCUGCGUCUCUGAGCUGCGGCGCACGCUGACGCCCUCCAACUCGCCGGUGUCCUCGCCCAGCAAGCACGGGGACCGCUUCAUCCCCUCGCGGGCUGGGGCCAACUGGAGCGUCAACUUCCACAGAAUCAACGAAAACGAGAAGUCUCCCAGCCAAAACCGGAAAGCCAAGGACGCCACCUCGGACAGCGGUAAAGAUGGCCUGGCCUACUCGGCCCUGCUCAAGAACGAGCUGCUAGGUGCCGGCAUCGAGAAGGUGCAGGACCCGCAGACCGAGGACCGCCGGCUGCAGCCCUCGACACCCGAGAGGAAGGGGCUGUUCACAUAUUCCCUCAGCACCAAGCGUGCGAGCCCCGACGAUGGCAACGACGUCUCCCCCUACUCCUUGUCCCCCGUCAGCAACAAGAGCCAGAAGCUGCUGCGCUCGCCGCGGAAGCCGGCCCGCAAGAUCUCCAAGAUCCCCUUCAAGGUGCUGGACGCGCCCGAGCUGCAGGACGACUUCUACCUGAACUUGGUCGACUGGUCCUCGCUCAACGUGCUCAGCGUGGGCCUGGGCACCUGCGUCUACCUGUGGAGCGCGUGCACCAGCCAGGUGACCCGGCUGUGUGACCUCUCUGUGGAAGGCGACUCGGUGACCUCGGUGGGCUGGUCCGAGCGGGGGAACCUGGUGGCCGUGGGCACACACAAGGGCUUCGUGCAGAUCUGGGACGCGGCGGCUGGCAAGAAGCUGUCGGUGCUGGAGGGCCACACGGCGCGUGUGGGGGCGCUGGCCUGGAACGCCGAGCAGCUCUCGUCCGGCAGCCGUGACCGUGUCAUCCUGCAGCGGGACAUCCGCUCGCCACCGCUGCAGUCCGAGCGGCGGCUGCAGGGCCACCGGCAGGAGGUGUGCGGCCUCAAGUGGUCCACGGACCACCAGCUGCUGGCCUCGGGGGGCAACGACAACAAGCUGCUGGUGUGGAACCACUCGAGCCUGGCGCCGGCGCAGCAGUACACGGAGCACCUGGCGGCGGUCAAGGCCAUCGCCUGGUCCCCGCACCAGCACGGGCUGCUGGCGUCGGGCGGCGGCACGGCCGACCGCUGCAUCCGCUUCUGGAACACGCUCACGGGCCAGCCGCUGCAGUGCAUCGACACGGGCUCGCAGGUGUGCAACCUGGCCUGGUCCAAGCACGCCAACGAGCUGGUGAGCACCCACGGCUACUCGCAGAACCAGAUCCUGGUGUGGAAGUACCCGUCGCUGACCCAGGUGGCCAAGCUGACCGGGCACUCGUACCGCGUCCUCUACCUGGCCAUGUCCCCCGAUGGGGAGGCCAUCGUCACUGGUGCUGGAGACGAGACGCUGCGCUUCUGGAAUGUCUUUAGCAAAACACGCUCCACGAAGGAGUCCGUGUCUGUCCUCAACCUGUUCACCAGGAUCCGGUAAAGCCGGGACCGCCGCGCCCUCGGCCUGCGUGGCCCCGUGCUCCCCGCACGCGGCCCAGGACAGGCGGCGGCCGGGUGGGGGGAGCUGGCCCGGAGGGAGCCGGGGAGUCCGAUUAAACACCUGAUUGUGA